AUGGACACUGUGGUGGAUAGUGUCUGCCGCGCACUUUGCCAUUUCCAAGGAUGUCCACGACCAAGCGAUAUCACGGUCACAACCCUUCCUACUGCAUCUUGGGCACCGUGCCUUACGAGGCGCCUCGCUGUUGAUGAUGUCACAGUUGGCGAGGUGGUGAGUGACCGCGACAUCGACCUCCCCAAUGCUGAUGCAGUCAUUGGACCAUUGUGGCAAUAUGUACCAGUGCGGGUCAAGUUUGCAAAUGAAGGGAGUGCUAUGGAUCUUUUGCGAUUUUUGAAACGACAGCUUCUUGAGAGCGCAAACUUCGAAGGAAUUGGCCUGAAACAAAUCCAGAACUGCACUGACUGGCCGGAGACAGUUGACUGGUUCCAUUCGGUUGUACAUCAGGAUAUUGACAACGUGGAGGACCUAUCUGUUAUGGCAGCCAGUAGUCGCAUGCAGACUAUCUACCCACAUUUUGCACCGUUAUGGGAGAUUGAGAGACAGCCAUUCCCAAAAGGUGACACUCAGUGCAUCGAGGUGGUCGUGGUCGGAGUUUGCCGUAUCUCUGCUGGAUGA